UUGGAACAGCUAAUGUUUCAAUGUGCCAAAUCACUUAUAACUGCAAUUUUUCAUCUUGAAUGUUGAAGGACUAGUCUUUUUAUAUUUCUCCCCUUCUGUACAUUAGUAUCCAUCCUUUAUGUGUGUUCUUGUAUUUUAGAUUACGUGUGUGCACACGUCGCAGUUUUUUUUUUUUUAGUAAAUUCCUCAGACAUUGCGCGCCGUGAGACGCGCACGCGCGCCCUGGAGGAGGAGCGUCAUACAGGAAGACGCGCGCGCCACUGAACCCGCUGAUUCUCUUCAGUCAAAUACUCAGCUCACAUCCAUAUUCAGAGAUGUACCGGCCUCAGCUCUGGCACGCGUUUACUCUCCUUUAUUUGCCGUUUUUAGGCAGCGCCAUUGAUUUUAAAACGCGGAGGGGACCGCAAGUAACGGACAAGGUGUUUUUUGACAUCACUGUCGGAGGACACGAGGUUGGCAGGAUCGUGAUCGGUCUGUUCGGAGAAGUCGCUCCUCUGACCGUGCAGAACUUUGUGGCUCUUGCCACAGGAGAGGGUUACGGGUACAAAGGCAGCAAGUUCCAUCGUGUUAUCAAGGAUUUCAUGAUCCAGGGAGGCGAUUUUACAGCUGGAGACGGAACAGGCGGUAAAAGCAUCUAUGGAAACACAUUUGCGGACGAGAACUUCAAGCUCAGACAUCUGGGCGCAGGUUGGGUCAGUAUGGCGAACGCCGGGCCCGACACCAACGGCUCUCAGUUCUUCAUCACUUUAGCCAGAGCGCCGUGGCUGGACGGCAAACACGUGGUCUUCGGCAAAGUCUUGGAGGGGAUGGCUGUGGUUCACACCAUUGAACUCCAGGACACGAACGAUCGGAACCUGCCGUACACCGAGUGUGUGAUCGUCAACAGCGGGAAGAUCAAGGUGAAAGAGCCUCUGGUCGUGGAGGUGGAGGGAUGGUGAAUGAUCACAGAUACUGUACGUCUGUCUGAUUUAUGCUUCAUGUCAAUAUCUUCAUAUCUGAGUUCUGCUGUGACUGUAUUCAUCAGUGUAUUUUUUCUCCAUCGUACCGUCAUUAGAUUAUUCUCUAACCACUAUGCAGCACUUUUUGUAAGUAUCAUAUCAGUCCAUAUGUGACGUGAUCUAAUGUGUAACGGCCAACUCUCUCCUCACUGCGCAGCACUUUAUGAUCUGCUGUAGGAGUUUAACUGCACAAAUCAACCUGAAAUCAUCUGCGAGUGCCAUAAGAGACACAGACUUGAAUUCUGUUUGAAAUCUUGAACAUUUGAAUUAUGACUUUGAAUUUUGUUUCUAAUGACAUUUAGGAAAAUAAAUAAUAAUGUCUGUUAGAAUAAGCUGUAUUUAAAUUUAUGUAAAUUUGGUUCAUUUUGACCUUGUAGUUUUUAUUUAGAAACUAAAUUUAUGUACUGUAUGUAUGUUUUUAUCAAUAUAUGUGUGUGUGUGUAUAUUAUAUAUAUACACACACACACACUACCGUUUAAAUUAUAUACUAUUAUUCAUCAAGGAUGCAUUAAAUUGAUCAAAAUCGACAUUUAUAAUGUUACAAAAGACUCUAUUUCAAAUAAAUGCUGUUCUUCUGAACUUUCUAUUCAUCAAAGAAUCCUUUAAAAAUAAAAUGUAUCACAGUUUCCAUAAAAAUAUGAACUGUUUUCAACAUUGAUAAUAAUCAUAAAUGUUUCUUGAUCAUCAAAUCAUCAUAUUAGAAUGAUUUCUGAAGGAUCAUGUGACACUGAAGACUGAAGUAAUGAUGCUGAAAAUUCAGCUUUGAUCACAGGAUAUAAAUUACACUUUACUAUAUAUUCACAUAGAAAACAGCUGAUUUACAUUAAAAUAAUAUUUCACAUUUUUUACUGUAUUUUUGAUCAAAUAAAUGCAGCCUUGGUGAGCAGAAGAGACUUUUGAAUUGUGUGUGUAUAUAUAUAUAUAUAUAUAUACACACACACACAAUGGGUAUCAACAAUUAAUUUAGUAUAUACUGUCUGAACAAUAAACCAUAUUAGUUCUAUCAGUUAUAGUUUGCUAAACACAAAUGUUUUGUAUUCAGUUCCUAAAGUAAACAUGAAAACAUUUUACGUCCAUUUCAUGUUGACUUUAUGAUUGCUGCUGUCUCAAAAUAAAAUACUUUUCUCCUGAA